AUGCAAGUAGUCGGACUAAUUUCUGGUGGUAAAGACAGCUGCUACAACCUGAUGUGUGCCGUGCGAGAGGGCCAUCAAAUCGUGGCACUUGCAAAUCUGCACCCACCGAAAGAUGCAAAAUCAGAUGAACUUGAUUCAUACAUGUAUCAAAGUGUUGGAGCAGAUGGAGUUGAGCUGUACGGUGAAGCCAUGCAACUUCCUCUCUAUCGACGAGAAAUCACCGGUGAGCCGAAAAAUCAAAAGUCGGAUUACGAGAAAACAGAUGGAGAUGAAGUGGAGGAUCUGUUCGAAUUGUUAUGCGAAGUGAAAAAGCAUCAUCCAGAAGUAAAAGGAGUAUCGGCUGGAGCAAUUCUUUCGAGUUAUCAGAAAGUUCGAGUUGAAGACAUUUGCCGGCGGCUUGAUCUCGUUCCACUUUGCUUUUUAUGGGAGAGAGAACAAAAUGGCCUUCUUGCCGAAAUGGUAGAAAAUGGUCUCGACGCGAUUCUCAUCAAAGUGGCCGCCAUUGGGCUCGGCGAGCAACAUCUCGGAAAAACGUUGUCAGAAAUGGCACCAAUUAUGAAAGUUCUUCAGGAUAAAUAUGGAGUUCAUCCGUGCGGUGAAGGUGGAGAAUUCGAGUCAUUUGUACGAGAUUGCCCGCUUUUUAAAAAGCGAAUUGUUAUCGAUGAAACGGAGACAGUAACCCACCAAGAUGAUCCCAUUGCUCCUGUGUUCUACCUCCGACUGAAAAAGAUGCACUUGGAGGACAAGUGAGAUGGGAAAACAUGUACUUUUGUUAAUUUUAAAUGUUAUAUUUACUUUUCUUGUUAUGAUGAUUGUUUUCUAAUAAAAAGUUCCGUUGAGU